AUGCCAUUGGGACUCCGAGCACAACUCGUUGCCUGUCUGGAUCACCUCCGUCAGGAGCCGCAAGAAUCCAUGGCAACAUACUGCAAGCGUACGAAGCUUCUCAAAGAACAACUAGAUCUCAUUCCCGGUGGUGCGGCAUUCGCCACCGAUGUGAUCCUGCGUGAACGCUUUGCAACGGGCAUCACUAACGUUCGGAGCCGACGUUUCCCCACCACUGCACGAUGCCAGCUGAAUGCUUUGACAUUGCAUGUGCUUGCGGGUAAGCCCAAUCGAGGUAAGGGAACCCCUGCUGUCACGGGAGUCCCGGGUCAGCCCCGUUCGGGGGGCAAUCCGCAGCACACACCGGCCCCACGAUACCAGCCCGGCCCUGGCACGGGCAGGGGUCGCUCAGCUACCGCUGCCGUGACGACUCGACAGGGUAAGCGUGCUGACGCUCAGUCUCGUCGACGCCACCACGUGCAGUUUGAUGGCGAAGCACACGACUUGCUGCAAAUGAAUACGCUGACAGUUCAGACCGCCUCGACGCUGACUCAGGCGGCAGACAUCGACUCCAACCUGCUCUACCUGCCCAUUCAAAUUGAGUCGGACCGAGCAGAGCAACCCAGAGAAAUCCUGGCGCUACUGGACACGGGGGCGCAGGCAUCCAUUCUCUCGCGUGCGAUUGUAGACGAACUCCGGUUAUCUACGCACAAGAUCGCCACCCCGGUGAAGGUACAGUCCGCCAAAGACGACAGAUCGGUUAUCAGGCACUGUCUUUAA